AUGAUGACAUCGAGUCUAAUGUCGAGGAAAGCGCUGCUGGCGAGCGGUGCGGUGCUCGCCAUGCUCUCCUCGGUUCAAGCCCACGAGCAUCACCAACACGGACCGGCGGACACCUCAGUACCCAUCGAUAGCAUUCUCUGGAUCCACAUUGCCAUUCAGACAUUCGCCUGGUUUGCUCUGUUCCCACUUGCCAUGGUGCUUGGCAUGGUGCGACAUCGACUUCACGUGCCCGUGGCCACCACCUCGCUCGCCCUCACCGUCGGCGGCUACUUUCUCGGUCACGGCCACGGCGGCCGCUCCUUUCCGCAUACCGCGCACGGCACCAUGGCCUCGCUCCUCGUCUUUUACCUCGCAGCACAGACCGCGCUCGGUGUAUAUCUCAAGCUUCAUCUGCCGGAGAAACGGCUUCGCCCCAAACUCGUCCUCAUCCACGGCAUCCUCGGCAAGAGCUUCCCCAUCGUCGGCUGGGUCCAGAUGGUGUUUGGCGUGUCCACCCUCCAAUCAUGGUGCUUUGGCGGACAUCUCGGUCAGUGUCUAGCGCACUACAUCAUGGGCUCGGCCUUCCAAGCAUACGCGGCGAUUCUGGUGAUCAUGAUGAAGGCAGGGGGCGAUUGGCUGUCUCGCCGCGGUCAGAGUCAAGAAUGGUUCGACUCGUGGGUCAUCAUGCUAUGGGGGAUUGUCAACACCUUUACGGAGCAUCACGGAGGGCCGUGGACGCACAAGGAUCUGCAACAUACCCUCAUGGGUGUGCUGUGGUGGGCAGGCGGUGCGGUGGGCAUCUGGCUCAGCCGCGGUGGGCGACGAAACGUUUUCCCAGCCAUCAUCAUCGCGCUAACGGGCUGGGCGAUGAGCGCGCACUCGCAAGAGUUGAUGAUCUCGACGAUGGUGCAUUCGCUGUUUGGAUACGCGCUCAUGGGUGCGGGCAUCGCGCGAAUGAUCGAGGUUUGCUUUGUUCUGCAGGAUCGACCCACGGGUAGCACCGCUGAAUCCCCCGAUGCAGCAGUGGCCAGCAACGAAGCGGUCAACGGCAGCUGGUACCCCAUACGAGCGUUUCAGUAUCUGCCGCCGUAUCUGCUGGUCGCGUCAGGAGUGCUGUUUAUGUCAGCGACGGACGAGGAGCUGCGUUGGGCAGACGCACGAGGCGUCGACCACGCCACCUGGGGUUUGAUCGAUUUCAGCGCUUCCAUGCUCAUGUUCUUCUGGAUCAACGUGUUGGUCGACCUGUAUGUGGGGUAUGGCGGCCGAUACGGUGCUGCGAAAAGGAAUGCAGCUCUGGCAAGAGGCGGCGAUGGGGAAGCUCAGGCAAGCAGCGCGCUGUACGCACGUCUCAGUCUGGGAAACGGCCACGAGGGUGCGAGACAGAAAGGCGAGACCAUAGCUCUCCGCUCGACAGAGCAGUCUCAUGCGCUGAAGGAAGCCGGUGUCAAGCGAGUGUCAGACGAGCUGGAGCCGAGCCAUGUGUUGUUUGACGAGGAGGAUGAAGAUUCCUUUGUGGAGAAGGAGCGGGAUGACUAUGAGAGCAGCGGCAGCGGCAGUGGCAGCGGAAGCGCUCAACGUAGUCGUGUUCGCAAUUGA